AUGGCCGGCGACUGCAACUAUAAGAUGCAUUAUGUGAAUGAUGACACAUUUUCUCCAUCCAAACCUUUACGGGACCAAGUGCGGGUGCUCGCGGUGGAGCCCGACGCCCCCAGCGUUCUGCAGGGGAGUGGGUCCGUGUAUUGCUCGCCAAACUUCGAGAUGAUUGAUGGGCUGCUGUACCGUAAGAAGUUGGAGAGAGGUUUCAUCCACUACCGGGAGGUGCUAGACGAGGACCGACGGCUCGGGGCGAUCGCCACUUUCCACGGGCGGCGGCCAGGCACGUGCCACCACUCCCUGGAGGACACGUACAGAUCAGUGGCCGAGAACUACUGGUGGGAGGGUGAGUCUGGUCGGGUGGGAUGGUUGGUUAUUAUCGAUCCCCCAUUCAGUUAAGCCUAUACUCGAUUGAUUUCUCUGUGGGUUAGGACUGAUGGUUGUCUAUAUUUACUGUCACUUUCUUUCGUCUCUUUCUCCUUCUCUCUCUCUCUCUCUCUCUCUCUCUCUCUGCCUUUCUCUUUCUCUCUCAUUCAGACCAACUUUCUAUCUCACUCAAUUAAUUUAUCUUUCUAGCUGUUCCUGUCUGUCUGCCUGUCUAACCACCUUCUCUCGCCCUGUCCUGUAGGUUUCAGUGAGUGUAGCCUGAUGUCUCUGCUGGACUUCUCCUACUCCUCUACCCUUUUUACACAGGACAAUGAUUAA